AGUGAGGCUGCCACGCUUUCAUUUACUUUUCAUUUCAUAACACCAUACACAAACCAACCAAUUAUACUCCUCGUAUCAUUUUCCCCUCUUUCUUUACUUCCAGAUUGAAAAAGCUAGGGCAAAAUCAUAAACAAACUAUAAAAAUUUACAACAAAUUCGAUGGCAAUGACAGUAAAUUCACAGCAACAAGCAGCAUCAGCAAGUAAGUCAUGGACUAUACCUUCUGCUUUAGUGCCUCCAGCAGGCACCAGCCUCGGUCUCAGACGCUGUGCUGAUCGCUUCGCAUUACGAUCGUCAUUCGCCUCUUCUACACUCCGCCUUCCAAGUAUCAAACUUGCUACUGCACCUAAGUUCUCCAUGCGUGUUGCCUCCAAGCAAGCCUAUAUAUGCCGUGAUUGUGGAUACAUUUAUAAUGAUACUCGGAAACCUUUUGAGAAGUUACCUGAUAGUUACUUCUGUCCUGUAUGUGGUGCUCCGAAACGCAGAUUCAGGGCAUAUGAGCCUGCAGUAACUAAGAAUGCAAAUGACACAGAUGUUCGCAAAGCAAGAAAAGCCCAGAUUAAAAAAGACGAAGCUAUUGGGCAAGCAUUACCUUUUGCAAUUGUUGCGGGAAUUGCACUUCUCGCUGGCAUCUACUUCUACCUAAACAGCACAUUCUGAGUUCCCAUAUUGCAGUGUUGAGCUCGGAACAGCUAAUGGUCCUUACCUUCUUUUUUACGAAAAUAGCUGCAUCUCUAAUUCUUUUGUACAAUUGUGUACUAGCAACAAAUAUGGAAGCAUAAACUUGAUAAAAGCAAAAUUGAAUCUUUUUUUGUCAUCUUUAUCCCUGAUUCUUUUUCUGUAUAAUGGGAAUUUGUCAAAUCUUAUUUGAACUUGAGUUCAAGAAUACUGAUAGCAACAAAUGAACAUCAUAUGGUGUUUUCAGGA